AUUCUUCCUUCUCCGCUACUAGUCCUCGCUGCCGGUGACAGUGGGUAUGCUGGAAUCUUCCUCUCCCAUCAUCCUUAUCAAGUGCUUUUCCUUGGUUCUGCGUCGGCCUCUCUUCCUUCUUGGCAUUGUCACAGUUGUGGGCUAUGGGAUGUCCGUUGCUGCCAUGGAAGUUCAAUCAUGUGGUCUUCUCCAUAUUCCUUCCAUUGAUUAGUCGUUGGUCCUUUCUUCUUCCUUCCCUUUUGUUGUUGUGAUCGAAAACUUCUCCCUCAUCUCAUUUCUUCUGGGUAAUACUGUCUUGGGUGAGUAAGGAAGAGCUUCAAAUCCUUCCUCCAUGUCUCCUUUACUAUUUGGUUUUUUCCCACACAGCUGAGGAGUGGCAUUGAUGUAUAAGGUCAGUGAGGCCACCGUUUGCAGGCUAACAUAUCAUCCACCCUGGAUCAUGUCGUCAAUGGAAGAAGGUUCCAACUUCCCAUCUAAACAGAAGUUUUCCUGCGUCAAAUGCUUGGAAGAAGCCCCAAUCCAUCAGAUGCGGCAAUAUUACAGACUUAGUGUGCUUGAUAACUGUCAUGAGAACUGGAGUGCUCUGACUGUUUGAUGUUUAAGACUAAAUGUGCUUUUGAGAUUCAGGUUAGUUUUUCUUUUCCUCUUGUUAGCUGUUGAUAAGUUUACUACCAUACAGACUUAAUUUGAGAAGAAAAUGAACUUAUAAUCAUGGUGAAAUGGUAAUGUUUCCUUUAGAACCAAUAAUGCAGCAGGCCCUGGAGUUAAUAUGUUGAAAGCACAAUGCAUUGUGUUGAACUUGAUCUUUACUUGCUCUACAUAUGACCUGGAGUGGACCCUCUACAUAUCUGGGGUAUGUGCGCAUCUCUUUUGGAUUGUUUAGAUUUGAUAUGGGAGAAGUACAUUUUUUUCUGUUCUUUUCCCCCUUAAUUUUGAUGUCAUUUAUUUCCUUGAAGAGAGGAGAAUGGAAUAGGAUAUGUGCAUAAUUGCUUUUAAGUCCUUUGCCCAGUGUAUUAUAUAGUAUGUUCUAAUGGCCUGAAAACAUCAUUUUAUGUGAAGAUUGACUGUUCUCCGUCCAUUCAUGUCAUGACAUCAUAAUAGGAGAAGAGAACUAGAAAUAGAAUGUAAGAACCUCAAGUUAGUGGUGGAUCUUACUUGGAUGUUAGAUUUUUAGGGCUUGUUUGGUAUGUUAACAAAAUAAUACAACAAAUAAAAAUAUAAAUAAAAUAAAUUUAUUUAUAGAUGGAAAAACGCUUUACUUCCUAUGGGUUUGGGGUCUCAGGUUUUGGGAUUUUGUGGUUUCGGAUUCGGGGGUUGGGAGUGUCAAGGUCUCGGUUCUUAGUUCUCCAUCCAAUAAAAUUGUACUAGUUCAAUCAAAUAAAAUAUAAUGUAUUAUUAUUUUUAAUGAUUUUAUCUUUAGAGUAGAAUGCCUCUUUAAUUUAUUACCUUCUAUCCCCCGCCAUCGUUAAUGACAGAAUUAAUUUAUAUUUACAACUAUCUUAAUGACAUGUUUUUAUUAGAUGGUGCAUGGAUGAUGUGAUGCUGUGGGUCUGUGCAAGAAUUUCUCAGCUUAGUGAGCCAUAGUAAGCUGUAGCUGUUAUGCACUUAUGCUCACGGUAUUUUUUGAAGUUUACAUACUUUUUUUAGAUACAUAAUUUGGAUAUAAAAAAUUGUGAAAUUCUUUUUUUUUUAUAUUUGUAAAAUUUAUAAUAAAAACUACAUGGUCAAAUUCUUAAACAAAUUUUGACUCCAUGAAAUCAAAAGGCCAGAAAAGGGAUUGUUUUCCCUUGUUCCCUCCCUGUCAUGUCAACGGCGCUAACAUUUGAAACUUCUUGAAAUGGUAUGUCUCAGAAAGGUUCCUUCUUGUCUUCCCUGCUUCGAAGCUGCCUCCCUCACUUUUCUGUCUGGCAAGCCAAGCAAUGCCAUGCUCAGAUCUUUCUCCAAGGCUUGCUUCCCAACGUCACUCUUGAAACGGAUCUCUUGUUAGUAUACUCUAGAUACAGGUUUCUCCACCAUGCACGCCAAGUUUUUGAUGGAAUGCUCCACAAAAACAUGCAUUCUUGGAACAUCAUUAUCGCUUCAUAUGCUGCGAAUAUGCUGUAUUCUGAUGCUAUAGCAGUUUUCUAUAAAUUUCAGCGGACAGGUCUUCGUCCUGAUCAUUUUACUUUGCCUCCCUUGUUUAAGGCUUCUACUGGAGUAGGAGAUACUUCCCUUGGUAAGAAAUGUCAUGCUUUGGUUAUAAAGCUUGGGUACGAGGAAUAUGUGGUUGUCGGAAGUUGUGUGCUGGAAUCUUAUGCCAAAUCCGGGGCCAUGAGUGAGGCAAGGUGUGUGUUCUCUAAUAUGUCGUUAAAGGACUCUGUAGUGUGGAAUUUGAUGAUUUCAGGAUUUGCAAGGACUGGUUUGCAUGUGGAUGCUCUGAGUUGUUUAAGGGAAAUGAUUUUGAACGAAGUUAAGAUUGAGUCAAUGGUUGUUCCUAGCGUUUUGAAUGCUUGCGGAAGGGAAGGGGACUUAAUAAAAGGGAAAGAGGUGCACGGUCACAUAGUUAAAGGCAUGUUUAAUGUGGAUGCUGCCAUUGGCAAUGCAUUAAUUGAUAUGUAUGGCAAGUGUGGAUGCCUGAAUUAUUCAGAAAAGGUUUUCAAAACCAUGACUGAUGUUAAUCUGGUCACUUGGACUGCCAUGAUAUCUUCUUAUGGGAUGCAUGGAAAGGGAGAGGAAUCUUUGUUUCUGUUUAAGAAGAUGAUAGAUAUUGGGUUUACACCAAACCAAGUUACACUUACAGCAAUCUUAGCUAGUUGUAGCCAUUCAGGUUUGGUCGAUCAGGGUAUGCAAAUUUUCAACUCGGUUCAUUCAGAAUACAGAUUUGAGCCAAGCGUAGAGCACUAUGCUUGCAUAGUGGAUCUUUUGGGUCGCUGUGGAUAUUUGGUGGAAGCACUUCAGAUAUUGGAAAGUAUGAAAUCAUCUGCCACAGCAAGCAUUUGGGGUGCCUUGCUUGCCGGUUGCAUGAUGCACAAGAAUGUUAAAAUUGGAAAAAUUGCAGCUCGUCAUCUUUUCCAAAUAGAACCAAAUAAUGCCAGCAACUAUAUUGCACUGUGUAGCAUAUAUGAAUCUCACGGUAUGCUUGAAGCCGUUUCAAGUGUUAGAGCGAAGUUGAGGAACUUCAAUUUAGUUAAAGCUCCUGGUUGUAGCUGGAUAAACAUUGCUGGGAGAUGUCAUAAAUUCUACCAAGGGGAGCUUUCUCAUUCACUGGCGCAGAUGAUUCAUGAAAUAUUGCUUCAAAUUAGUAACCCUGAAAUGACCGAUGACUGUGAUCAGUUUGAUUGACGCUUGGUCUGGUCAUAGUCAAAUAUUCUUCAUCUGUUCAUUUGGUUUAGUUUUCACUCAGCUGUUUUGAGAAGAAUAAAGAUCAGCCGAAGACAUAGUCAACAAAAAGUUUAUAGCAGUUGAGUAGUGACGUGGGAGUGGUGAUGGUGGUAGUGCUCAUAAACUGGCCCUGAACAGCCUUGCCAAAAUGAAGUUAAGAGUACCUUCCUAUGUCCUUUUUCCUUGAAUGGAUGGAAGAAAAAAUUUCAAUAUGAAAGUUUUCAAGUUGAUGUGAUUAAAGGGAUGCUAACCAUGAAAUCCAGGUUUCACGUUGUUCAGUUUUUCAGUUAUUCAAGGCUUAUAUUUAUAUAUUCAGAUGAAUGCUUGUAUUAUUUCUCUAUUGUCGCGAGGUUAGAAUUGAGAUAAAUAGUUAAUUUCAUGUGAUGACUGAUGAGCAGUAUCUCCUUAUUGAUUAUUUCAUACUGACAUUCCUCUUCUCUUUUCAGUGUGCUAUCGAGAACAAAGCCAUGGAUGAUAAUUUACGUCUGAAUCUUACAUGUACUACCUUUCCAUUA